AGUCCUCUGAAAGACCAGUGGGGUCGUAUUUGUUGUCACGGGAUGCGCUUCCUCCAAAAAAGAGGCCAAAAAGUAAACAGAAAUCGAGGUAGCUUAGUAGCUAAUAGGGAUGUGGAAGUACUGUUGGCUAACGUUAAUUAACGACUCCUUAACGGUAAACGGUUGUCCAGUUGAAACAAACCCAGGCUUGUUUUUUUAACAAGCCCAGAAGAUAUUUAAUAAAAAGGAAAGGGAAGACGAGAUGGAAAUGCUGUGUUUCCGGUUACCGGGCCACGGGGACACGACCCUGAACCACAUGAAUUCACUGAGGUCUCGUCAGCACUUCUGUGACAUCACCAUUGUGGCCAGCAACAACCAGACAUUCAAGGGACAUAAGGUGGUGCUGGCUGCCUGCUCGCCCUUCUUACGGGACCAGUUCCUCCUCAACCCGUCCCCGAAGCUUCAGGUGUCGAUGCUGUACAGCUCCACAGUGGUGUGUGAUCUCCUUCAGUCUUGUUACACUGGCGUCCUGCAGUUUAACCCAGAGGAGAUUGUCAACUACUUGACCGCUGCCAGCUACCUACAGAUGGAGCAUAUUGUGGAGCGCUGCCGAGGAGCCCUGAAGAAGUAUGUGCAGCUGAAGAACCCUAGUUCCGUGAAGAAGACUUCAGAGGAGGGCCAAACUCGACCGGUGAUAGUCAGUGGAAGCAUUCAUUCUUUUCCAUCCUCAUCUCCUCCCAUGGACAGAACCUCCCCUGUGCACCUAAACAGUCCUGUAGUACGCUCAGUGGAGGAAAACAACGGCGAUAUGUCUGCACAGGGCAGCAGUCAACAGCUCGAUGACAGUCCCUUGGUGGAUCAGCCAUGUAUCAAGGUUAAUACAUCAGAUGAGGAGGAAGAGGUCAGACAGGAGGACUAUGAUGUCUUCAGAGUGUACGUCUCCGAAGAAGAGCAGAUGAACAGAGAGAGGGAGGAGGAGAGAAGAGCUCCCUCUGACGGACCUCAAGAUGCGUGUUACCCAGAGACAGAAGGUGUCAUGAUUGGAGGGGAAGGUGGCGAAUAUGACUUGAAUCCGGUAGAAGAAGAUCUCAGCACUGGGGGACUUUCAGUAGAUGGGCUCCGCGCUUUCAGGCGCAGGCUGUCUGACCCUAAAAUUGGCCGGGGCCGAGGGAGAGGCAGGGGGCGGGGUUUUAAGAGGAGAAGGUGGGUGUCAGCACAGGACAAAAGGCCUCCAGGCCUGGAUCUCCACCAGGAUUUGUGGUAUCUUGCAACUGCAGGGAUGGGAGGGAGUUUCGGGCUAGACUACACCCAAGAAGGGCUUAAGACAGGAAGCUAUGUCUCAGUUGAGCUCCCAGGGUUAGACUUCAGCAUGGGCGAUGCUCAGGGAGAAAAGGUCUCACCAAUGGAUGCCAGUAGUUUGACCCAGUAUGCCCCAGAGGAGUCUAAUUGUUCUGCUCGUGAGGGGAGUUCAGGUUUGACAGCUGUUGGAACAAAUGAGGGAGGGGACGAGUCUGUGGCAGUGGUGGGAUCCACUUCAAGUGUAGCUGGGCCUGUAAUCUGCGAGCACUGCGGCGUGACGUUCCCCUCGGCCCACUCCCUAGCCAUCCACUCCCGCUCCACUCACUUGCUGUAUGCCUGCCCCUGCUGUGGCAAACACUUUCACCACUCCGCCAACCUCACCAGACACAUGGCCGUGCACCGAGGCGCUGGCAAAACCCACCAGUGCCCCCUGUGUUACAAGACUUUCACCCAGAAAUCCACACUGAUAGACCACAUGAACCUCCACAGUGGCGAGCGGCCACACCGCUGCGCAUACUGCCACGCCCGUUUUGCCCACAAGCCUGCCUUACGACGGCACCUGAAGGAACAACACGGGAAAACCACGGGUCAGAACUCCCUACAUGAACAGGAGGAGAGGGAGAGAGCGAGAGGAGUCGCUGGAAAUAUACGAGAGGAAGAGCAAGAAUGCCUGGUUACUGAACGAGUGUCAUAGGCCAGACCAGUAAAGUGUCUGAACACCUGAAGCUCAUCGGGCUCAACAGCUUACUACAGUUAAAUUUGGCUGAGUGAAGAACUGUGAGAUCAGUCUGUUGGCUGUAAACUGACUAUGAGGCCUUAAAAAUCUCAGACUGUGUACAAUAAAGAUCCUUUUGCAUUCAAACAUGUAUAAAAUAUAAAGAACGGGUGAUGGAUGUGGGUUAAAAUGACUGCGAGUGCGUAGUCCUCCACUGUCUUACACUGAUAACGGAAGUUUCACAACAGACAUGUGAACUUCUCAUAGAAGGAAAAGCACAUGUUUUACUAGUAACAUUAACGAUGUGCCCCAGUGAGUCAUGAUAGGGUGACAGCACGCACCAUAACACGAUCCUGAAGCAGAAGCGGCUAAAUAUAAUUCAGCCAGCAUUCAUUUUAUUAUAUACACCUGUGCUUUUCCUACUGUGACAAGCGUCGUCUGUGACAAGACGCCUGUGGAUUUUCAUGUUUCAGAGAACUGUUUGACUCACUGUAAUCUUCAGCGUGAAUAUACGUAUGUAAUACAUGUUCAGUGCUAUGACUGACCGCAGGUUAAAGAAAAGAUGAUGUAAAUAAAAUAAAAUGGAAAGCAAGUC